CAGUUCAGUGCGCUGAACGAAAAGGAUGACGUGCGAGUCUCCAGUGGAAUUCCUCGUCAAUCCGGCGGCGUACGAGGUCACUCCUCAACGGAGCCGCCUCCAGAGCUACCCCCAGCCCCAUCUCAUGCCCAAGAGUAUCCUGUCACCGCUGCAGGGCGUCGAAGAAGAGGAAUAUAGGUGUUUCUCGUUGCCGAGGUUCGAUAAAGCACCGAUUCCGGAACCGGCGCCGCUGUGUUCCCUAUCCGCCCACGACCUCAUGGGACUCGCUGGGAGUGCGUCGUCGGAGCAGCUCCGACAGCGAGAGGAGGAACUCACAGAGCAACAUCGCAAGGUGGUCCAGGAACGCCUCCAGGAGCAGGAAGAAGAACGCGACGCUCGACAGCGACUCGAGGACAUCAUCAACAUGUGCGCGAAAUUCGUGUCGACCUCGAACGUAACGUCGCCUCCCGGCCAGCUCAAGUCCCCGCGAACGAGUCGUAAAUCACCAUCGACCAAGAUAAAGACAAAUGGUUCAUUCAAAGCCACCACGCCUUCCUCCGAGGAUGAAUUGACGGCCAUUAACAACGGCAAGGAAUCCGUGGUUCCCACCCCGAUGUCACCCUCGAGCCCGCCGCAAAGUCCCCGCAACCGAAUCAAAACCGUUCCCGGUAUUUCCUCGCCGAAGGACAAUUUGGCGAACGGAGCGGUCGCCAUAGAUUUCAGGACGAUUUCCUCAACUGCGACAACGACACCAACAAACGGGCAGAGGAACGACAAUAAAACUUCAAAGGAAAAGCUCGCCCCCCAACGGUCGACAUCGCUUCAAAAGAUGGCGGCCCACAUCCACGCGGCUCAAGCUUCAUUGUUGCAGUCACAAUUCAUGCAGCUGGAAGCAGCGUUCAAGGAGCAGUUGGACGAACUGCAGAUGGAGCUCGCUCUCGUUACGGGAGAACUGUGUGACGAGCAGUUCUCUCUCAAGGAAGACCUCAUACAAUACGGGAAACUCGAGGCUGAACAAGAAAUACUCCUUGACGAAACCAUGCGCGAGAAGGACGACGAGCAGAGCCGACUGCAGCUGGCCGGUGAAAGGAUCUUCAAAUGGCAGGAACUUACGGUCAAGAUGGCGGAGACUUUGGACGACCCCGUAUCCCCGAUCCUGGAGAGAGAGAUCUCUGAACGUCUGGAGAACGAGGUCGAAUGUCUCGAAGCCGAGAAGCGAGCUUACGAAGACCUCGAGUUCCAGAUAAUGGAGAGCACUGCCCGACGAGAGGAACGAAUCGAAGAGGUCAACCAGCGAGUUGUGAUGAUGGGCCGUCUGAUAGAACAGAAAGAGCAACGAAUUCAGGAGCUCCAGCUUCAGCAGAAGGCCAUUGCCGAGGAGCUGGAAUCGAAGAAACGGAACUGGGAAGACCAGCAACGGAGUCACCAGAACAACCUCAAGGUCGUGCAGCAGCAACAACAGUCCAGCCUGGACUCGGAAUCUCUAUCGGGGAGCGAAUCCGAUACCGAGUCUGAAUAUCAACAUUCCAAUUGUGGAUCGGAGAUGGUGUCGUCAUCGACCGAGUCCGAGGAGCUAUUUUCACCGAAGACCAGCGCCGCUCUCGGCCAAAUGGGGGUCUCGCUUCGCAACAACAAUCGCCGAGUUAGUCAGCGCCCGCUGACUUGUUAUCUGCCGGUGUUCCCCGACCAAGGCCACUUCGACUUGCGGGUUCAUAUUGCUAGUUGUGGCCAUCAACUGGAGAUGUGUGCGACCGAUGUGGUCGUGGAUACCAACAGCUGCCGUGGGUAUCUCUACAAACUCGGGAGCGCGAGCCGAUGGUGGAAAAAGCGAUGGUUCCUCUUCGAUCGGUCCAGCCGAGCCCUCAUGUACUUCAUGGACAAAACCGAACGCAAACUGAAAGGCCUUAUCCACUUCGAGUCGAUCGAUGACGUUUACGUAGACCAUGGCAAUAAGAAAAUGGCUGCAUUUUGCGUGAAGACGCUCGACCGCGUAUAUCACCUUUCGUCGACGUCUCCGGAAGCAAUGCGUGUUUGGGUGGACGUGAUUUUUUCCGGAGCGCAUGGCUAUAAUCGAUUUCUCGGGCAAGACUGACCUCUGUACACCUCCGUAGAUUACUUUAGAGCAUCGACAAACGCUAUGUUACCCUCGCACAGCGCCCUCUUCAUCAAUAACGGCAACUAUCUGUAGGCAUCAUGGAGCCAAUACGCCCCCAACCACCUACAUUGUCUCUAUCAUGAUUUGCAUCGGGAGCGCAGAGCUGGAUGAAUUUCGGCGUCAAGCGUGCGGUUCGAGAAGAGAGAAAAUUCUCGACUCGAGCAAAUGUCUUUUGAAUCCUGAAACAAGUGACGAAUACGCAGACGGAACCUACAAUAACGGGUCGAAUCUAUGUGCGAGUAUUGAGCAAUGUUCAUGUGGGAGCGGGAUGCGGGUUCAAGCGCAAGGAAGAGUACACUCGACAGGAAAAAGGAGACACGAGUAGCUCUCGAAACGGUCUUGCAGAACGACGUCGAGGAACAAUGCAUUUUUCUCUGCUUGAUAAUUUCGGGUGCUGCUCACGUUCAGACAGGAGCUUGUUUAGAGGUUUGGCCCGGUUGAAGAUAGCGUUAGUUUCCGAGAAGCGCAGAACCUCCCUCUAGACUAGGACAAACGCUAAUAACACUGUGUGGGAGUGAGGAAGAAGAGGAAGAUCAUUCGUCCAGAGGUGCAUCGGUUCAAUGGGCAGUUUGAGUCCGAAAGUCUCGAAAAUUUCACGCUUCUUGUGGAAGUAUAAAUGACGAUAAGCACGACAUGUUCAUUAUAUGUAUGAGUAGUAGACCUUCUGUCGUGGAUGUCGCGAAUCCUGCGACAUUUCACGUCGGUCAGACAAUUUCGCCGACGCUCGAGAGAUCUGUGGAGCUGGCACCUCUAUCUCGACAGAAUAACGGAUGCUGCAUGGAACGAUAUUACUUUAAAUCGCAUCGAUACCGUGAACUGCGGAGUCAUUCAGGCGUGAAUAGAAGUAACAUGACGAAGUACUUGACGUGAGAGGAGUCGCGUUCGACUGGAGGAUCGGAAUUCAUUUGCAGACGUGUCGAGCCCCGACAUGGGCGCUCGAUCGACUCGUACAGUAUCGAGAUUGAGGCACAUGAGCGCCGGUUGAAUGCUGCUUAUUGCUUCCGCUAGCGGAUCCGAAGAACCGCUAAAACCUCUCAACAUCGGAACUCCUCGCCUACUUUUUUCAUUAUUCCUGCUGCUACUGUUUGUAAAUACCAUGUGUUAUAUCAUUACAUUGAUAGAAGCUUUGUUACGAGAGCCCGCGCGAACGAGCACGGAGCUCAGUUUUCCUCGUUUCUCCUUUUCCCAAUGGAGACACCUGCCAUUCCUGAAGGCAGAGUUCUCUGAUCUCAUAGUGAUAGAGCACGUCGACCACUUAUCUUUCUCAUAAACGAUGCGUGGGGGGGCUUCGACUUCUCUCCCAUCAUCGAUAUCUCUGUCAUUCUCUGAUAGUUGAUAUUAGCAUGGGAAUUCCAUGUACUAGUUCGAUAAUUCCAGGCCUCUGACCUCACCACAAAACGGCCUUGAAGUUACCCAAUAAAAAGUGCACAUCCC